AUGGGAAUCCCUAGAGGAUUUUUACUUUCUUGCUAUCUUAAAUAUCCUAAUGUCCCCUCCAUUACCGGAGGCGAUUUUAACGCUCGGAUAGCCUCAAAUCGGGAAGCUCUUAUAAAGUCUAAAUGGUGGGUCGACCCCGGAGCUCAAACCUACGAUCUAGUAUAUAUCCCCACUAGAAUAUCAAAGGAUGUAAAAGUCAAUAAGGCGGGAGUGAUGCUUUACCAGAUGGCUUUACGCCUUAAUUUAAUUAUAUUAAAUGGCAGGUGUCCUCCAGAUAUACCAGGAGAGUUCACUCAUCUGGGGUUAAAAUCAAACAGUGUUCUUGACUAUGUAUUGGUUUCUCGGGAUCUAUUUUUGAAUGUCACCUCUUUUAAAAUUGAUAAUGCCCAAUUUAGUGACCAUCUUCCCCUGACAACCAAGUUAUGUGUUGACUGGCACCUGCUCGUGCGCUCCCACCCAAUCCCGGUGAUUGUGGAGCCGUCCACUAAAAUAAAGGGGAUUAGAUGGUCCCCUGCCCUCGCCCAUAGAUAUAUGGAUUUUAUCCGAGAAAAGUUUCUUGGUGAUCAGCCGGAC